AUGACGACCAGUGUAUUCUUCAAUUUCGAGCAGUUGCCCCAGCCGAGUUAUCAUUGUUGGAGCUUCGGGACGAGCAGCAGCCAGUACGAGUACCCGACGCCGCCGAGCUCCAAUGAGCAGCACGCAGAGAUGAACAGCAGUCGUCCAAACUCCAACCUCCGCAAGAACAGCAUGGACCUGCCCGACGAGGAGAAGGUGGACAUGAGCAGCUUCGCCCUGCUGCGAGUCCUGGGCAAGGGCGCCUACGGAAAAGUCUACUUGGUCCGCAAGGUCGGCGGCAAGGACCACGGCACCAUCUACGCGAUGAAGGUGCUCCGGAAAACGCGGGUAAUCUCGAAGCCGAAAACCCUCGAGCACACGAUGGCCGAGCGGCAGGUGCUGGAGAAGCUCAGAGGGGUCCCGUUUCUCGUCAACCUCUUCUACGCCUUCCAGACCGACACUAAAUUACAUAUCGUAAUGGAAUACGUCCGCGGCGGCGAGCUAUUCACCCACCUUUGCAGCCGAGGGCACUUUGACGUCCCGGCCGCGCGGGUCAUCGUCGCCGAGCUGAUCGUGGCCAUUGAUAAUUUGCAUAAGAAAAACAUUAUCUACCGGGACCUGAAGCUGGAGAACAUCUUGCUCGAUGAGGAGGGGCACGUGAAGCUGACAGACUUCGGCCUCAGCAAGCUGCUAAUCCCGGAAGAGUUAAUGAGGGCAAAUUCGUACUGCGGAACCAUCGAGUACAUGUCGCCGGAAGUGAUCAACCGACCGGAGGGCGGAUAUACGGAUGUGGUGGAUUGGUGGAGUCUGGGGGUCAUCACCUUCGAGCUCCUCACCGGCUGCUCCCCCUUUACCGUUGAUGGAGGAGGCAAUUCGAGCAAAGACAUUGCAAAACGAAUCCUGACGAAAAAGGUGCCGUUCCCGAAAAAUAUGGACAACGACGCGCGGAGCUUCAUCGGGGCCCUGCUGGAUAAGCAGCUCGAGAAGCGGCUUGGCUUUAAUGGCGUCCACGAGCUGAAGGAGCACCCCUUCCUCAAGUCGAUCGACUGGGACCAGGCGGAGCGGCACGAGCUGAAGCCGGCCAUCGUGCCGAACGUCGUCGACGAGAUGGACACCACCUACUUUGCCCAAGAGUUCACCAACCAGCCGCCGCUCUACUCGCCCGCCGACGCGCCCAUCAACUCGAACCAGUUGUUUAGGGGCUACUCCUACAUAUCGCCGUCGGUGAUGUUCGCCAACAACAACGUCAUUGGGGAGGAGCUGAUGGAGGAGGACGUCCAGGAUCUCCUCAAGAAUUCCCCCUUCUUCAACAAGUACAAGCUCGACACCACCGACCAGGGCUUCCUCGGCAAGGGCUCCUUUUCGGUGUGCAGGAGAUGCACACGGAACUCUGACGGCGCGGUGUUUGCCGUCAAGAUCAUCUCCCAGAAGUUUGCCUCCCAGGCACAGCGAGAAGCCGCGAUUCUGCAGAUGGUUAGAGGGCAUGUAAACAUUGUCCACAUGGAGGAGAUGCUCUCCGACUCACUGCACUUCUACAUCAUCAUGGAGCUGCUGGCCGGCCAGGAGUUGUUGAUGAGAAUACGACGCCUUCAACAAUUCACCGAGUGCGAGGCGUCCGGCAUCAUGAAGCAGCUCGUCAUCGCCGUCUCAUUUUUGCACUCGAAGCGGAUCGUGCACAGGGAUUUGAAGCCGGAGAACAUCCUCUUCGAAAGCGACGACCCCGAGGCGAAGCUCCGACUUGUCGACUUCGGCUUUGCCCGCCUGCUCCCAAAUUCGAUCGAGCAGCAGCUGAAGACCCCGUGCUACUCGCUACAGUACGCCGCGCCGGAAGUGCUUGACAUUGGCGACUCGUUGCCCGAGUACAACGAGCAGUGCGACCUCUGGUCACUUGGCGUCAUUUUGUUCACAAUGCUGUCCGGGCAGGUGCCGUUCCGGGCCCGUUCCAAAACCGAGUCAGCCACCGACAUCAUGGAGCGCAUUCGAGCGGCGUCAUUUUCGUUCGAGUCGGAAUCGUGGAAAAGUGUUAGCUCGGAGGCGAAGGAGCUGAUCACUGGCCUCCUCACCGUCGACCCGAAAAAGCGGCUGACGAUGGACAAGCUGAUCCGGCACCCUUGGCUCAACGCCAACUCGAUCAACACCCCGCUACAAACCCCAUCCAUUUUGCCCUCACAUGCAGACCAAUCCUUCAACGAGAUGCUCCAGGCCUUCCUGUCAGCAAACCGGGACGGAUUUCACCUACUCGACGUCGCCGCGGCCCCGCUUCUGAAGCGACGCUUGGGGCAAAAGCGCCAGAGUGGCGACGGGCCGACAGCAGGCUCGGCCAAGAGGCAGCCGAUCUUUGAGCCGGUGCCCGAGGGCGAGGAGUCGAGCUCGGUCGGCCGGCCGACGACGCUCGGGCUGGCCAGCCCGGAUGCACUGCUUGCUUACAGAGAUCCCCUCCCAGGCACCCUUCGCGAGACCCGCGAUUCCAACGAGUCG